AUGAUAGACUUCAACACACACAAUUUUAUCUUGUAUACUUCUUUACAACUCCUUCUCUUUCUUUCUUUCUUUCUUUCUUUCUUUCUUUCUUUCUUUCUUUCUUUCUCUCUCGGCUUUUUUCUGCGUGUAGUAUUUUUCUUCUUCAUAUUUAUUCUUUGCCUUCAUGGCUUUAACUCUCUUUUACUUAUUCCCUCAAUUCCUCCCUUUUUUUUCCUCUUUCUAUUUUAUAUUAACACUGGUCCCCCUCUUGUCACCUUUAAUGUUCUAUUCAAAUCUUUCCUUGUUUUUUUUUUGUUUGUUUUUUUUUCCUCGUACUUUUCUUCUUUUUCCUUCCUGAACAAUUUUUUUUAUUUAUUUCUUUAUUGUUUACACUUUGUUUAUUUAAAAUGUUUCGUUUUUUGGGGGGGCAUAGAAUUCCUUUUUUUUUUUCCUCCCUUUCUCCCCCUCUGCCUUUAUUCAAUCCCCGUCUCCCUCUUUCAUCUUUCUUUUUCAUUACCUUUUUCAUUCUUUCUUUCAAUUUAUUCUCUCAUUCGAAUCUUCAUGAAAACAUGGGCCCAACGCGGUAAAAAAAGAGGAAGGGGUGGCAACGAAUCACAACGACGUAGUGUGCUCCAAAAACCACUGAUACCUGCUCAAGAAUAUUUUAGAUAUUCUUUCAUUCCCUUAUCCCCCACCUUUCCCUAUCCACAGAGAUCUUUUUCUUUCUUUCUUUCCCUUACUCUCAUUCCCUUGCUCUCUCUCUCUCUCUCUCUCUCUCGUUCGUUUUGCUCGAUUUCUUCCACACCCAGCCUUAUAACUCUUCUUUUUUAA